GGUCUUCCUAUUAUAGGAAACCUUCACCAGAUGGAGAAGUUCAACCCACAACAUUUCCUUUUCCGUCUCUCCAAGCUAUACGGCCCCAUUUUCACUAUGAAAAUCGGAGGCCGUAGACUCGCCGUCAUCUCCUCGGCCGAGCUAGCCAAGGACCUACUUAAGACUCAAGACCUCAACUUCACUGCUCGUCCUCUCUUGAAAGGCCAACAAACCAUGUCGUACCAAGGACGUGNUCCUAAUUCCAUGCCUUUACUUGCAUUGCAAGAAGAGAUGAGGAAGAUGUGUAUGGUGAACCUCUUCAGCCCAAACCGUGUCGCAAGUUUCAGACACGUUAGAGAAGAAGAGUGUAAACGGAUGAUGGACAAGAUAUACAAAGCCGCCGACCAUUCAGGCACAGUUGAUCUAAGUGAGCUGCUCUUAUCUUUCACCAACUGUGUCGUAUGCAGACAAGCUUUUGGGAAGCGUUACAAUGAGUACGGCACCGAGAUGAAGAGAUUCAUAAAUAUCUUGUACGAGACGCAAGCACUUUUGGGCACUCUUUUUUUCUCCGACCUUUUCCCUUAUUUUGGAUUUCUUGACAACCUCACUGGUCUCAGUGCUCGUCUCAAGAAAGCUUUCAAGGAGCUUGACACUUACCUUCAAGAACUCCUCGACGAGACUCUUGACCCUAACCGCUCUAAACCCGAGACAGAGAGUUUCAUCGAUCUUCUGAUGCAGAUCUACAAAGACCAACCCUUCUCCACCAAAUUCUCUCACGAAAAUGUCAAGGCCAUGAUAUUGGAUAUUGUAGUGCCGGGAACCGACACGGCGGCUGCAGUGGUAGUAUGGGCCAUGACUUACCUUAUAAAGUNAUCCAGUGUUACGUUAUAUAGCUAG